AUGGCUUCCAUAGUGCAAUAUUUAGAUUAUGUUAUAGUCAUAACAGUUCUCCUUUUGUAUGCAUCCUGUGCUGAAUCUGAAGUUCCAGCUCCUGCUCCUGCUCCUGCUCUUAAAGAUCAUUCUCCUGCUCCUGCUCCUGCUCCUGCUCCAAAACAUAAUUCUCCUGCUUCUGCCUCUUCUCCAUUAUCCCCUAUUCCUACUCCUCCAUCUGACCCUGACCCAUCAGGUUCAAAAGGAGGGAAUCCAGAAAACAUUUCCCAUUCUAACUCUAGGUCCUCUUCAAAGGGAAUGAGUUCAGGUCAAAAGGCUGGAGUUGUUAUUGGUGUUCUGUUAGCAGUGGCCUUGUGUGGAUUUGGGUUUGUGAUUUACAGGAAGAGGAGGAGUAAUAUAAGUAGAGCUCGGUUUGGUUAUGGAGCUCGUGAAUUGGAGCUUUGA